CACAAAUAAGUUGUUAUUGCACUGCCAGGGAAUACCCGUUUGCCCGAAACAUACGCAGACAUUUAAACAAUUUUGUGUCAGUUUACGAACGUUUGUAUUAACUGGAACACCGAGUCAGGAAUGUCUUCCGAGGACCACUCCAUUGCAGGUAUAGGCAUUUGUUUGGUUAUCGGUGCAGUUAGUAUUUUCUUCUUAUGGGGAAAGUUCAGGAAGAAAAAAGAUACGAUUGGCAAAAAGGAGAGUACAGUCGCCCAUGACGGUUCAGGGGAGGAUUCCUCUUUACUACCACAAAGCGUUAACUACCACUUCACCAGACAAUGCAACUAUUCCUGUGGGUUCUGCUUCCACACUGCCAAGACAUCCUUCGUGCUACCAAUAGAAGAUGCUAAAAAGGGACUCCGCAUGCUCAAGGAAGCGGGAAUGGAGAAAGUCAACUUUUCUGGAGGUGAACCGUUCAUUGUCCAGAGGGGGAAGUUUGUGGGAGAACUCGUCCGCUACUGCAAGGACGAGUUAGAGUUGCCAAGUGUUACUAUCGUCAGCAAUGGAAGCCUCAUCAGUGAAAAAUGGUUCCAAGAUUAUGGUGAGCAUCUGGAUAUCUUGGCUAUUUCCUGUGAUAGUUUUGACCCUGCAGUCAAUGAAAAGAUCGGACGUCAACAAGGGAGGAAAGAUCACCUGGAUAGUUUGCACUCUGUCAGGGAUUACUGCCACAAGUAUAAGGUUGCUUUUAAGAUCAACAGUGUAAUCAACACGUACAACAAGGAUGAGGACAUGGCAGAGUGUAUUCUGGAUCUGAACCCAUGCCGUUGGAAGGUUUUUCAAUGUCUGUUAAUCGGGGGUGAAAACAGUGGAGAGGAUGCCCUUCGUAAUGCUGAAUCCUACGUCAUCACUGAAGAGGAGUUUCAAACGUUUCUACAAAGACACAAAGAUGUCAAAUGCUUGGUCCCAGAGUCCAACGAAAAGAUGCAGAACUCCUACCUUAUCCUUGACGAAUACAUGCGAUUUCUAGACUGUACCGAGGGUACCAAGAAACCUUCCAAGUCGAUACUGGAUGUGGGUGUUGCAGAAGCUCUCAAGUUCAGCGGCUUUGAUGAGCAAAUGUUUCUCAAACGAGGUGGCAAGUACACGUGGAGCAAAGGUGAUAUUAAACUGGAUUGGUAAACUUCCCUUGGAGUACGGACAAGAAAGCGCCUCAAUAUAUUCUUUGUCAUGUAUUCAUUGUCAUAUAUAUUGUAAAAUCAUGGGCAGUGGUAAGACACUCCUGGUAGGUUUGCAGUAAAGCAAAGCUUCCAAAAACAGUAGUGUAAGUCAUAAAUGCCAUUUCUUUCUGAGAUUUACAUUUAUUGUUUAUUAAUAUUUUAUUGGCUAUAGGCAUACUCCCGUGGAGGAAUCAAUGCCUCAAAUUCACGGCACAAUAUCUUUAAUAGAAAUGCUAGAGAAAUAUUUCAAUAUUUGUUGUGUACUGGACACCUUUGGUAAUUGUCAAAGACCAGUCUUCUCACAUGUUGUA